AUGAUUAAAUUUAAAAAUUAUUUUUCUUUUUAUAUUUUUAUUAUUAUAAUUUUUUUAAAUUCAAAUUUAAUUUAUUCAAUAAAUUAUAAUAACAAUAAUAGUAAUAAAAAUGAUAUAAAUAUAAAUAAUUUUAAUAAUGAAAUUAAUUAUAAUAUCAAUAAUAAUAAUAAUAAUAACUAUUUAUUAUUUAAACCAUAUAACAAUGAUAAAAACUGUUUAGAUAAAAACUAUGGUGGUUUGGGCAUGAUUAUUUUAGGUAAUAAAACAUGCAUUUCAAAUAAUGGUAUCAGCAUAACAGUUCAACUUCAAACCAAUUUACAAUCAUUUGUUUUGUGUAAAUAUAGUAAUAAUAAUUGUAAGAAUUUAAUAGCAUGCGAAAAGCUAAUGGUGGAGAACCAAUGUCUAGAUGCAUUCACCUCAGCAAUGUUUAUAAACUCACAGCCCAUUCCAUCCUCAUAUACUAGAGUAUACGUAAUAGAUCCAAUUAACAACUCAACCUAUUUCAACCGUAGCGAAUCAAACUAUGGGUACCAUUUCAAGCAAUACUAUACACCAUCAUCUUCUUCACCACAAACUUGCAAUUUAAACCAACUACAAUUCACACAAUUUAUAACCGAUGAUUUUUACAAUCCAAAUCAAGCCAAUCCUUUUUUAUCUCAAACUUUUAAAUGUAACAAUAAUUUUAUACCAGAAAUGAUCAUUGGAGAACAAUCAUCAUCAUCAUCCUCAAUAUCAGAAAAUAUAAUUUAUCUUAACCAAACUUGUAAAAACUCAAAUAACUAUAGCAAUCAAUUUAAUUAUGAAAUUACUUGUUAA